AUGGGCAGCAAGAAGAAGGACGCUGGCCUGCAGGUGAGCGUCAGCAGCCAGGAGCUCUGGGAGGAGCUGCUCAGUGCCCGGGGACUGACUGUGGUGGAAGUCUAUCAAGGCUGGUGCGGCCCCUGCAGGCCUGUGGUGAGCCUUUUUCAGAAGCUGAGGCUGCAGCUCGGCCCCGACCUCCUGCACUUCGUGUUGGCUGAGGCCGACUGUCUUGAUGUCCUGGAAAAAUACCGAGGAAAGUGUGAGCCCACCUUUCUGUUUUAUGCAGGAGGAGAGCUGGUGGCUGUGGUUCGGGGGGCUGAUGCCCCACUGCUGCAGAAAACCAUCCUGGACCAGCUGGAGGCAGAGAAGAAGGUUCUGGCUGGAGGCGCAGCCCGGAAAGUGAUUCAAGAUGAGGCUGUUUCUGAUGAAGCUGGGGGUUCUCGCCGUGACAAGGACAGUGAUGGAGACAAGGACGUGGUGUCGUCAGAGAAGAACUGCACCUUGGCCAUCAUUAAGCCAGACGCGGUGGUCCAUGGCAAGGCAGAGGAGAUCGUGAUAAAGAUCCAGGAAGCCGGCUUUGACAUCCUAACGAGCGAGGAGAGGACCCUGACAGAGGCAGAGAUGAGGCUCUUCUAUCAGCACCGAGCUGGAGAGGAGGCAUUUGAGAAGCUGGUUUACCACAUGUGUAGCGGACCGAGUCAUCUGCUGAUCCUCGCCGGGCCUGAGGGCAAGGAGGACGUGGUCACCGCCUGGAGAAACUUCAUGGGGCCCAGUGACCCCCAGGUGGCCAGGAGGGAGCAGCCUGAAAGUCUCCGGGCCCAGUACGGCACAGAAACGCCCUUUAACGCCGUGCACGGGAGCCGGGACAGGGAGGAAGCUGACCGGGAGCUGGCCCUGCUCUUCCCCGGCCUUCACCUUCCAGACAGCGAUGCCCCUCAGGCUCGCAUCCUGGCCGAGGAGCCUCCGGCCUUCGUCAGCAAAGGGAAGAGGCGGGCUGCUCCUACCGUCACGCAGUCAGGAACCUUGGGCGAGUUCGUCCUGGAGCUGGAGCAGGUGCCACGCUAA